AUGGCAUUUGGCACAAUGACAUCUUUGCUUGGCAUGAUCCCACUACUGGCGAUCGGCAUGAACUAUUAUCGCUACCAAAGCAUCGAUCCGGAGAACAAAGUGCAGGAGCCGCAAAUGACGCGUCGCCAAUAUGACUUUAUUGUUGUUGGCGGCGGUUCGGCUGGUGCAGUCAUAGCCAAUCGCCUAUCGGAAGUACGCAACUGGACGGUUCUACUACUCGAAGCUGGCGGCGAUGAGACGGAGAUAUCAGAUGUGCCUGCGCUCGCCGGCUACUUACAGCUCACCGAACUAGACUGGAAGUACACAACAACACCUUCGCCCACGCGUCAAUACUGUCAAGCUAUGAAAGGCGAUCGCUGCUUUUGGCCACGUGGCAAAGUGCUCGGCGGUUCCAGCGUACUCAACGCCAUGGUGUAUGUGCGUGGCUCCAAGAAUGACUACAACCACUGGGAGUCGCUCGGCAACCCCGGUUGGGGCUACGAAGACGUGCUUAAAUAUUUCCUUAAAUCGGAAGAUGUACGCAACCCCUACCUAGCUAAAACGCCCUAUCACGAAACAGGCGGCUAUCUAACAGUGCAGGAGUCACCUUGGCGCACACCACUCUCUAUAGCUUUUCUGCAAGCCGGCAUGGAGAUGGGCUACGAGGUGCGUGACAUUAACGGAGAACGACAGACCGGCUUCAUGCUUACGCAGAGCACCAUCCGCAGAGGAUCACGUUGCAGCACAGGCAAGGCGUUUAUCAGACCAGUGCGUCUACGCAAGAACCUCGAUGUUUUGCUGCAUGCGCACGCCACCAAAGUGCUGAUAGAUAAAAACAAACGCGCCAUAGGUGUGGAGUUCCUCAAGCAUGGCCAAAAGAACGUCGUAUUCGUGAGGCGUGAGGUUAUCUUGUCUGCCGGUGCAUUAAACUCACCGCAACUGCUUAUGCUAUCGGGCAUCGGACCUGCUGAUCACCUGCAAGAAUAUGGCAUCAAUGUUCUGUCCGACCUGCCAGUUGGCGAUAAUUUGCAAGACCAUGUUGGUUUGGGUGGACUCACCUUCGUUGUGGAUGCGCCACUAACAGUUACGCGCACACGCUUCCAAACAAUACCGGUCGCAAUGGAGUACAUUUUGCGCGAGCGCGGACCUAUGACGUUCUCCGGUGUAGAGGGUGUCGCUUUUCUAAACACGAAAUAUCAAGAUUCAUCUGUAGACUGGCCCGACAUACAAUUUCAUUUUCUACCCAGCUCGAUUAAUUCGGACGGCGGUGAACAAAUACGUAAAAUUCUCAAUCUACGCGAUGGCUUCUACAACACCGUCUACAAACCGCUUCAGAAUUCGGAAACUUGGUCUAUCUUACCGCUGUUGCUGCGCCCCAAGAGCACUGGCUGGGUCCGGCUUAAUUCACGCAAUCCUCUACAACAACCCAAACUUAUACCAAACUACUUCGCACAUCAGGAAGAUAUCGAUGUGCUUGUUGAGGGCAUCAAACUAGCCAUUAAUGUGUCCAACACGCAGGCCUUUCAGCGUUUCGGUUCGCGCCCACACAACAUACCGCUGCCCAAUUGUCGCCAUCACGAGUUCAUGUCGGACGCCUAUUGGGCCUGUGCCAUUAAACAGUUCACAUUUACCAUUUACCAUCCAGCGGGCACGUGCAAAAUGGGUCCCAGCUGGGAUGCGACCGCCGUGGUGGAUCCACGCUUGCGUGUUUAUGGUGUGUCUGGACUGCGCGUUGCAGACGCCAGCAUAAUGCCAACCAUAAUGAAUGGGAAUCCCAACGCGCCGGUCAUUAUGAUUGGUGAAAAAGCGGCGGACCUCAUAAAGGAGGAUUGGGGAGCGCGGCCACCGCGUCGAGAUGGAUAAGAGGGAGGCCAAGUGGGCAGUUCGUUAAUAUAUUGUACAUACAUACGUACAUGCACGAGUAUUUCAAAUUAGCACUUUCGUUGUUCAAUUUCGAGUUUCGCUAAAGCUUUCGCAAACUAUGACUAGUCAAUUUUUCUCAAAUUUUUAUUUUAAUUUAUUUGUUUUGGCAUAAACUAAUUUUUAUACGAAAUUUGCGAAAUCAUUUAUCAGCCGCGUUCAAUUGAACAAUGUCGUGUAUGUUUUAUGCCAACUUUCAUUUGCUAUCAUUGUAAAUUCAUCGCUGCCUACAUAACUUCGAUAGUACUUUUAAGACAUCAAAUCUAUUUAUGUAUGUGGAUAAGUUAAAAAAAGAUUAUGAUACAACUAUUUAUUUAUUAACUCAGAUUGUAAAUAAAACUGCAGAAAUAA